AUGGCUCAAGUAUUCAUGAAAGAGGAGGGUGGUGAAUAUUACAUUUGGCCAAGUUCUGAAUUUUCUGUCCUUAGUGAAGCCAAGCUUGGAGCCGGAAAACUUGUUCUGCAUCCCCGUGGCUUCGCUCAACCUCAUUAUGCCGACUCCAACAAGAUUGGUUUCGUUAUUCAAGGAAGCUGCACAGUUGGCCUGCUAUCAGAAAAAGAUCACUCAGAAGAAACUGUCUUGAAAAUCAAGAAAGGAGAUGCAAUAGCAGUGCCAGUGGGAGUGAUUUCAUGGUGGUUUAACAGAGCCAUGGGUGUCUUGGGAGGUUUCUCGCCUGAAUUUAUAAGCAAAGUUUAUGGCAUUACAGAAGAAGAAUCCAUAACGCUACAAAAAUCCCAAACUGCUAAUCUCAUCUUUAAGCUUGACGAUGAAAUAAAAGUGCCUGAGCCAUCCAUUAAGGUUUCCCAGAAAUUUGUUGUCAGUCUUGAUAAAGUCUUUUCAUCAUUCAAAUUCAGUGCUGCUGAGAAAUCUCCUUUUGAACUCAGUGCCAAUCUUGUUAAACUAGAUGUUGAUUCGGUUUUGGGCCCAUUAUUCACAAAUGAUUCAUCUUAUCAAAUGAUUUAUGUAAUCAGAGGCAGCGGAAGAAUUCAAAUAGUUGGCCUUAAUGGACAAAUUGCUUUGGAUAGCAAAAUGGAAGCAGGUCAGUUAUUUGUCGUGCCACGAUGA